GUUCUCAGAUGGAGAGUGGCCGCCAGCUUUGCUUGGUCAGUGAUACUCAUGCCUGUGUGCUGUGCUCUCUUUAUUGUCCUCAGUCGGAUACAAAUAUUACAUCCCAUACAGUGGCUUACAGAAUUCAUGUUCAUGUGGAGGAGAGAAACGCUAUCAUUUGAGUGCAUUUAAUAAUCUGGAAAUCAGACACGUGGAACGAGGAGUGACUGGGAUCUUUGGCUCUUUAGAUCGACUCUGGAAGCGCAAGCCAGGAUGGCUCUGCGAGCAACGUAACCGCGACAGAGACUACACCGAUAAGAUUCUAUCAGUGACCUUACCAGCAGUUACACAAUCUUCUGCCUAUUACUGAUAUGUGCCAUUUUGGGACUGCAAUGUACUUUUCUUAUGGAGUAUUACACAGUGGUGCCUUCUAUUCCAUGCUCUCGGCUGGCCCUCAUUGGAAACCUUCUCCUUCCGCAUCGUAUCCUGCACUCUUUAGCUCAUGUUGCCAUGGGGGUGCUGGCUUCAUGGUGCUAUGCGGUCUUGAGUAAAGGGAAAUAUCAGCUUCUAGUUGUUUCCUGCACUUUACAGAGUGAGGAUGAAGCAGACAAGCCUUCUCAUUGCCUUAAUGAGAGCCAUCUCUUCCAAUUGCUGUGUGGUGCAUUCUUUGGCUAUAGUUACAGCCUCCAGUAUUUUGUUCACAACAUGAACUACUUGUCCUUCCCAUCUAUACAGCAAUACAAGUAUCUGCAGUUUAGAAGAUUUCUACCACUUAUUAUUAAACAGAGCGUUUUCCAGUCUCUCUACUUCAUUCGCAGCUACGCCAUUCUCUACUUUUGCCUUGGCAACAUUCCACGAACAUGGAUUCAAACUGCACUAAACCUUCACAUGGACAGGCAGCAGCCCUCACUUGAUACAUUAAGGGGAUUUUUGAAUUUGUCAUUAUUUUACCAGAUAUGGCUGUCUGGCACUUUUUUGCUUGCUACUUGGUACAUGGUCUGGAUUCUCUUCAGAAUUUAUACAACAGAGGCCCGUAUUUUCCCUGUACAGACUUCCUUUGCAGAGGAAGCAGAAAAAUGCCUUCCGUUCAUUUUGAAUAGUAACACACUUCCACUUGUAAAGUAUUUGGCCAUGCAAGAUCUUGUGUUGCUCUCUCAGUAUUCACCAUCUAGAAGACAGGAAGUGUUUAGUCUGAGCCAGCCAGGUGGGCAUCCCCACAACUGGACCUCAAUAUCCAAAGAAUGUUUGAACUUAAUGAGCAGUUUGACAUCCAGAUUAAUUGCUCAUCAGGAAGCUGCUGCAAAUAAUGGUCGAAUGAGAGUUCCAUCUUCCCCUAAACAGAUUAGGAAGUCGUCAAGCAGCUCAGGUACAUCUCUUAUUGAAGACUCUGCUGAGCAAACACAGAACUUAAGUACCAUUCCUAGAAUAGGUAUCCCCUCUCUACUAAAGACCGCAUCUCUAAAAUCCUCAUUGGAUAUUGGAAGCCCAUUUGCAACCCCUGGAGUCAAACAAAUGUCUGAAUCCCUGGACCCAAAUACUCCAUGCCAUGGCUCUGUCCAAAGUCCCCAGGUCACAAGAAGGGGUGCUAAGUUGUGGACUUCAGAUUCUGAUGUUCAGAAAAAUGGCUCUGAGGUUUCCCCAGUAAUGCAUAGGCCUGUGUGUAAUGGUGCAAAACAGGGAAUACUCCAUACGUGGUUCCAGCAUAAGCUUGUUCAAAUCAAGAACGUCUUGUCAAAGAGAGGUCUCAUUAUGUACCUGUUUAGUAAGCAUCCAGAGGCUUCUAGUCAGGAUGUAUUUGCAGAUGCACAGAUCCAUAUUUGGGCACUGGAAGCAUUAUCUCAUCUUGUGGCUGCUUCCUUCUCAGAAGAUAGAAUGGGAGUAGUACAGACUUCCCUUUCCAGUGUACUUGCAAUUUUACUUACGUUGCAGGAGGCUGUGGAAAAACAUUUUAAACUCCCCCAUGCAUCCAGUAAACCAGCCAGAAACCCUGGUAGUUUACUGGACUCUUCCUGCAAGACACUGAGGUUUUCACUUCGAGCCGCUCUGAAAACAGCAAUCUACAGGAUAACCACAACCUUUGGAGAACACUUACAUGCAGUUCCUGUCUCAUCUGAGCAUAAGAAAAAACUUCAGCAAUUCCUUGACUUCAAAGAAUAAAUUCAGAGUUCAAGUUUUGUUCGGCACUUUGCUGCUUCUGUGACAAAUCAGGGCAUAAAAAUCCAACCAGAGAUGUUGGGAAAAGACAAAGCAGAAAUCCAUAAGCAGCAGUAUAUGUGAUAGCAGUUCUGGUCUAUUUGGUGACAAUACAAAAAGAAGGCUAUACACAUUGUUGCUCUAAUUGCUGUAAUUGUAAAAAUCUUUACAAUGUUGUAUGUAUAAGGCCAUGCUCUGUCCUCUGCUGCUAUUUACUCUUACGGAAGGUGUUAGUAUUAAGGUUAGAAGAGAUGUCUGCUCUUUUGUUUUUCUUGUUCAUAUUUAAUUGAAUUUAUAACGGAUCAGUCAAAUUCUGUCAUGAGCAAAAUUUCCUGAAAAUAAAUAACACAGGCACUUCAUAUAAAUUAAUAGAAGCAACAUUGCUAGCAAAAACAGGUCAUUGGUUCACUGUAUUGUUGAUCACCACUAAGAACAGGCAUAUAUUAAUGGGUUGUUAAAAGCACACAAUCGGUAUAUAUAUUUUUUUUAACAGCCUAGUACAUGUAAGCAGCCUUAUACUACUAAUUAACUAAUUGCUCUUUAAACUCAGGUCAAAGUUAAACUGUGAGUUGCAUUAAGCCAUCAUUUAUAGAAAUUAAGCAUUUCCUCAUUUUGGUUGCACAUAUGAUUUUGAAAGUUUUGAUUACUCUAAUGUUUUGACUGAAAUUUUAUGCAACUUGCCUAAUGAAGGUACUCACUUGACUAGUAGUAUAUGGACCAAGGAGUGCUAAGCUGUGUAAGUAAUGUGCUAUUUAUCAAAACCCACUUUGUAUGUAUGUAGGCCUAUUUUUAGUGGAAUCUAUCUAUUCUCCCUAUUUUCCUUUUCACAUUUUCUCUUCCUUAACAUUUUAUGAUCAUUUCUUUUUCAACUUUGUUCUAUGUUUUGUAUAUGUGAAUUUUUAAUAAAGUGCAAUUACCAGA